AUGAGAUCAACGACUCUGCUGCUGGCAGCAAAAAGAUUUGCAUCUCAGGGCACUAGUCGAGUAUCGGGCAGCAGUACCAAUCCUGCCAUGAGAUUUCCUUGUCUAGAUAAAUUGGAGGAAAUUACUGAGCAUCUUAAAAGCCAAAAACCAUUUUGCAAUGAAUCUGACGUUGCAGGCAAUGCGCAAAAACAGAAUAAAGAUCCCAUUUACGGCAAAGUGAAGUCCGGAUUCCAAGUUUUUGAAUCGGAUCGACCCCUGUUUCUCGAUUAUGGCGGCGUUUUGCCUAGUUUUCGAAUAGCUUAUGAGACGUGGGGCAAGCUAAACAACGAAAAAUCGAACGCUAUACUGAUACACACGGGCCUUAGUGCAUCCUCUCAUGCUCACUCGUCUGAUGCGAACAAACAGCCGGGGUGGUGGGAGGACUUCAUAGGGUACAAUAACCCUAUCCUCGAUACCAGUAAGUGGUUUCUUAUAUGCACAAAUGUGCUGGGGGGCUGCUACGGCUCUACCGGCCCCGCGUCAUCGGAUCCCGCAGAUGGGAUGCCUUAUGCAAGUCGCUUCCCAAUGCUAAGUGUGCAAGACAUAAUACGUGCCCAACAUAGACUAAUUUCGGAGCACUUUGGCAUCGAUAAACUAUAUGCUUCAGUUGGAUGCUCUCUCGGAGGUAUGCAAUCGCUAUGUUAUGGUCAACAGUUCCCCGAUAAUGUGCAAAAGAUUGUGAGUGUCAGUGGUUGUGCUAGAUCUCAUCCCAGCAGUAUUGCCAUGCGGCAUGUGCAACGACAAGUUUUGAUGGCAGAUCCCAACUGGAAUCGUGGAUUUUAUUAUCCAACUCAAGAGCAACCAAACAGGAUCCCUCCGCACAUAGGUAUGAAAUUAGCUCGGGAGAUUGCCACCGUCACUUAUCGAUCUGGACCGGAAUGGGAGUCUCGUUUCGGGACAGAGAGAUUAGACGACGAAAGCCCGCCAGUACUGUGUCCUGACUUUUUGGUUGAAACAUAUUUAGAUCAUCAAGGUGAAAAGUUCUCCCUGGAGUACGAUGCAAACUCAUUCUUAUAUCUCUCAAAAACCAUGGAUCUGUUUGACCUAUCUCAGUCGCAUCUAGCCAGGGGCGAACGGAAGCGUCGAGAGACGCAGAGGGUAUAUGAGUCAAAUGAGCCGCUCGUAGGGAGAAGCUUUGUCUCCGAUAGGCCUCGUGCAAUGAAAAGACACCGGACUACAAGCACAGAAGAAGCGAGAGCAGAUCUCGCUAGGGGGAUGGCACCGUUACUUGAUAAAGAGAUUUUGGUUGUUGGCGUCAAAUCGGAUGGGCUGAUGCCCUACUGGCAGCAAAGGGAAAUUUACGACCUUCUUGGCGGAGAUAACAACAGGAAAGUAAAGUUCACUGAACUUGCAGAGUCUGAUUCCCUGUAUGGUCAUGACACGUUCCUACUUGACUUAGAGCAUGUAGGCGGAAGCAUCGGAAGGUUCUUGAGAGAAGGUUCCUAA